AUGACGGACACCGCGACGAMGACGGCCCUGUCAAACGGCCGUCUGCUCGAUCCUGUCCGCACCAAUGGUAGACCAAAUGGGUCCUCGUUGCCAUCUGUUCCAUGCGGAAGCGCAGGCACCAAUGGCGUACUCUCACCACCACCUACACCCUCAAAGGUCGACGCGCGUUCCUCCAAGAAAUACAAACACGCCUUUGCCGUUCACGCAGAAACCAGAGCUUCGGCAUUCAGCCAGGAUGCGCCGAGAACACCCUCUUCUCUGGGCUUUCGAAACCUCAUGGGCUUGAUCAUUGUCAUCUCGAACAUACGAUUGAUGGUGGAGAACUUCAAAAAGUACGGCAUACUGGUUACACUGUCAGGAUCAGAUAUCCAGGACAAAGACUGGAAAUGGUUUGGGAUACUAUAUGCCUUGACGCCAUGUCAUUUGUUCGUAGCGUACCUGAUUGAGAUCGCGGCCGCGAAGUAUGCCGUCUUGAUCGCAAAGGCAAGGAAAGACGGAAAAGACCCAGCAUACACAGCUAAGAAGGAGGGAAGCAAGGUCAAAUCCUKGUUCUCGACUUGGAGGAUGAUAUCCUUCUGCCAUGCUGUGAAUGCGACAUUCAUGUUGGCCUUUGCCACGUAUGUCGUAUACUACCUCGUACACAACCCGGGACUUGGCUUCUUGAUCGAAGUCCAUGCGAUUGUGGUGUGGCUGAAAGUCUGCUCUUUCGCCUUUACGAAUCGGGAUCUCCGACAUUCAUACCUCCAUCCAGAUCCCUCCGGCGAGGACUCCCUACCAGCGAUGUAUGCGUCUUGUCCUUACCCAGAAAACAUCAACUUGACCAAUAUCUGCUACUUUUGGUGGGCGCCAACGCUUGUUUACCAACCGGUUUACCCGCGGUCCCCGAAGAUCCGCUGGGACUUUGUCCUGCGUCGGGUUGUUGAGUUCUCCCUGCUCUGCGUCCUGGUCUGGUUAACGUGCGCCCAAUAUGCGGUACCUCUCCUGCAGAACUCCCUUGACGACAUCUCCAAACUCCACGGCUUCAACAUUCUGGAGCGUGUGAUGAAGCUCAGCACCAUCAGCCUCGUCUGCUGGCUAGCUGGUUUCUUCGCUUUGUUCCAAUCCUUCCUCAAUGCACUUGCUGAAGUGCUGAGAUUCGGGGAUCGAGAGUUCUAUGGAGAUUGGUGGAAUAGUGUGGGAAUCCGGGAAUACUGGACUUCCUGGAACAAACCCGUCACGCACUUCAUGAAACGACACAUCUACGCCCCAAUGGUUGGUCGAGGCGUUCACCCUGCUCUGGCGCAAUUCCUCACAUUCCUCUUCUCGGGCGUACUUCACGAAGUCCUCGUCGGGGUUCCCACACACAACAUCCUCGGUGUCGCAUUUCUGGGAAUGAUGGGCCAACUACCUCUAAUCUUCCUUACGGAUUCAUUGAAGAAAUAUGGUGGAACAGGACAUAACGUGAGACUUGCAGGAAAUCUAAUAUUCUGGUUGAGUUUCUGUAUUUUCGGACAACCUUUGGCAGCGUUAAUGUACUUCUUCGCAUGGCAAGCCAAAUAUGGCGCAGAGGGAACCAGACCUGACUGGCCGGAAUUGGUGCCCGCGACGUGGAAUGCUACGAAACGAUGA